AAAUUAAAAUUAUUGCAUUAGUUGUUUAUUCAUAUUUUAUGUGUUUUCCUUCCUGGAAGAUCCAGCUGCUGCCAUUUCCUGAACUUUCUUAAUUUCCUCUCGUGUCCGUUCCUUAUAUCUCGCUCGCCCUUCGUUCUUGAUUUUCAAUUAUUUAAAACCAAAUCUAUUCAUUUAUUUUUCAGGCUAUCAUUUUCUUUUAGAUUCCAUCAUUUUUGAAUUUCGAUAGCCUCCACCUUUGCCCACAUUGGAUCUGGAUUUUCCUUCCUUAAAUUUCUCUUCAAGGGUCUGUGUCCAACAUUGGGAUUGUGUUAACAAAUUGGCAUUGUUGGGCUCUCCAAAAAGUUAUUAUAUAUACAAAAUUAUUUAAGAUAACUUAAGCUUGUAUUCAAGCUAAAACUGGACAGUUGUUGUUCUUGUUUACUUGACAAAGUUAGGUAUCUUUAUUGGCUUUACUUGGCUUGACAUAUAAUUUAGCUAAUUUAAUUUCCUCAAAUGAGUUGACUUUGAGGUUCAAUUCUCAAGUGGUUUUUGUGAAGUUAAUAGAAACUUAAGUCAUUUAAAGAGUGAGGAUAGGCUGUGUUUUUGGUGGCUUGAGAUGGAUCAUAUGGCUCCAAGAGAGAGAGAUUUCGAGGUUGAUCUUGAAAAUGGGGUGGAAGUUUUUGUUGAAGAUACAAAUAAAGACUCAAUUUUUGGUGUAAAAACACAAGCAAGGGAGUUUCUUGCUAAAAUUUGCGGUAUAUUUGUCGAUGAAACAAUUAAGGAUGGUGAAUUGGUGGAAAAUCUAUGUCAUGAUGCGCCAAAUUCGAAUGAGUUUUGUGUGGAGCAAGUGAAAUUGGAGGGAGAGAACAAGACUAGUGAGGAUACGGUUGCAGAGAACAAAGUCGUGAAGGAGAAGCGUAAAAAGACGAGCAAUAAAAAAUCUUCUAAGCCGCCUAGGCCUCCGAGAGGUCCAUCACUGGAUGCUGCAGAUCAGAAGCUGAUUAAGGAAAUUACUGAACUUGCUAUGUUGAAACGUGCUCGGGUUGAGCGAAUGAAAGCCUUGAAGAAAAUGAAAGCAGCUAAAGGAUCAUCACCUAAUAGCAAUGUGUUUGCUAUGGUGUUCACCGUUCUCUUUUGCCUAGUGAUAGCCUUUCAAGUGAUGUCAUCAGGAGUUGCACCUGCAAAUGUACAUGAAUCGCCUAUAUCAGCGGAAACAUCAGAGAGUGGCGGUUUGAUUGGAGUACAGUACUUUGGGAAUCCAUCUGCAAGUGAUCCAAAUGCACCUACUUCUGGUUCCCCAAAUUAUGUACAACCAAUUGCUGGUGUCGGUCAUUUUGUAAGCCUGAGAAGUGAUAUCAAAUAAACCGGAGAAUAUCUCAACAUUAUAGCUAUGCUUGAACAUGAGAAAGAACAAGCAAUAUUCUUUCAUGCCAAUCUAUCCUCCAGAGGAGAAGUUUGGUAUCAAAUCCAGUUGGAACAUGAGAUCUCAGAAGUCAAAGUUUGGUGGGUAAUUUAUUUCCUCUAUGUACACUGUUUUAAAUGGGGAGUGAGUUAAAUUACCAAAUCGGGUUUUUUACGGGAUUGCAAGGGAAAUUAGCCCCAGGAUAAAUAGAUAUAGCUUUUAUAAGUUGCUUCCUUAGCAACUAUUCCAGCCAAGUGAUGCAAUUGGUGGUUAUAUAAGAUUGCUUACAGAAUGAAACUCAGAAAUGAGCUAUUUUCCAACUAAAUUUGGUGCAAUAAAGUGAAUUUUAUGUGUUA